CUUCCCACUCCAAUUUAUGAUUCCUGUCCCCCUGUUUGUUUCUCGAGAAAAUUUUUCUCCCAUUAUAGAAACCAGUUACGCCAUGCAGGGAACCAACUCUCUGGAUCUUCACCUCUGACCCUUCAAUUUCUCACAAGUCCCAAUUCAACGAUGCGUCAUAUGGAAAUUGCAUUAUAUGAGGGUGAAAAUUGAGGAACUCCCAGCUAUUUUGAGGAAAAGAAUGAAGAUUCGAUUCCAUGAGCUGAAUCUCCGAUCUCUGCGAAGCAGACUUCACGCCAGAUCUUCUGUAUGUUUGAGAAUUGAGUCCCACGUUUAAGCCCUAGCCUUGUCCAUUGCCACAAUGCAUGGCUACAACCGCUCCUACACUUCGCGUUCCAGUGGCUCGCAGUCGCCGCCCUCCUCGCCUCGGCACCGCCAACUAAGGAGUAGGAGUGGCGGUGGUGCCGGCGGUUUUAGUGUUCGCGACGUGAAGCAGAGCACCAUUAUGGAGAAAUUGGUUUACCUGAUUUUGUCGGCGGUGUUUAGAAGAAAAGGGCUACUUCUGUUCGCCCCUUUGUUGUACAUAUCGGGGAUGUUGUUGUAUAUGGGCUCGUUAAAUUUCGAUAUUUCCAGUCUGAAAAGCAGGGUAGUUUCAGUUAACAAACGCGCUCCGCCGGGUUCUGUGUAUAGGAGUCCUCAGGUUUUUGAGAAGCUCUGGCCUUACAUGAAAGCUGAGAGCCGAAACGGUACCACUCAUGCGUUGUCAACUGCAUGGACUUCGAGAGUGCACCAUGUUUGGAAGCCAUGUAUCAGUAGAAGCACUAUGGAAGAGUUGCCAAAGUCGAAUGGUUUUCUUAUCAUUGAAGCCAAUGGUGGGUUAAAUCAGCAAAGGUUGUCGAUAUGUGAUGCAGUUGCAGUGGCUGGACUUCUGAAUGCUUCCCUUGUCAUUCCAAUAUUUCAUUUGAAUAGUGUUUGGCGAGAUUCAAGCAAUUUUGGUGAUAUUUUCGAUGAAGAAUUUUUCAUACAAGCACUCAGCAAGCAUGUUAAUAUUGUGCGAGAGCUCCCAGCUGAUGUACUGCAGCAGUUUGAUAAUAAUAUAAGCAGUAUUGUGAACUUAAGAGUAAAAGCAUGGUCAAGCCCAAUGUACUAUUUGCAUAAAGUCCUUCCCAAGCUUUUGCAAUUGAGGGCUGUUAGGAUUGCCCCAUUCUCCAACCGGUUGGCUCAUGGAGUUCCUUCAGAUGUUCAAGCACUUAGAUGCUUAGCCAAUUUUGAAGCGUUGAGGUUCGCAGAAUCUAUAAGAACGCUGGCAGAUCUCAUGGUUGAUCGAAUGAUUAAAAAAAGCUCUCAGAGUGGAGGAAAAUAUGUUUCUGUGCAUCUUCGUUUUGAAGAGGAUAUGGUUGCAUUUUCGUGCUGUGAAUAUGAUGGUGGAGAAGAAGAGAAGAAUGAGAUGGACCUGGCUAGAGAAAGGAGCUGGAGAGGAAAAUUCAGAAGAAGGGGUAGAGUAAUAAGGCCUGGUGCUAAUAGAGUGGAUGGAAAAUGUCCUUUAACUCCACUUGAGGUCGGAAUGAUGCUUAGAGGAAUGGGUUUUGAUAACACAACUUCCAUAUAUGUUGCAGCAGGAAAAAUUUAUAAAGCUGAGAAGUAUAUGGCUCCACUUAGGCAGAUGUUUCCGGGUUUAGAAACGAAAGAUUCUAUAGCUACUAAGGAAGAACUUGCUCCAUUUAAGGGCCACUCUUCUAGAUUGGCUGCUCUUGAUUACACCGUAUGUCUUCGUAGUGAAGUAUUCGUCACAACUCAAGGUGGGAAUUUCCCCCACUUCUUGACGGGUCACAGACGCUAUAUUUACGAUGGGCACGCAAAGACAGUCAAACCUGAUAAGAGGAAACUAGCAUUAAUUUUUGAUGAUCCUAAUAUACGAUGGGAAGACUUCACACAACAAAUGCAAGAUAUGCUUCGCCACAACGAUCAAAAAGGAAUGGAAAUGAAGAAGUCCAGUGGAUCGUUGUACACAUUUCCCAUGCCGGAUUGCAUGUGCAAAGUACCAAACAUGAAGAACCUCGAUUGAUCUUUUGGACAUACAGAUUUUUUUGGGUCUCCAAAGGUACAAAUUUUUCUUUAUACCUAUAAUUUUUGCAUUGUAUUAUUGUGCAAUUGGAACACACAAAUAUUCUGAUGUAAGUUGAGAGGAUAGUUCUGUAGGCUGUGAUUGAGUGGGGUCAUUUUAGCAGCUGGAAUUGGUUCACUGAUACAGAAAAAAUUCAUUGUAUAUGCAAAAAACAAAUAACAUUCUGAUGUCAAAUGAUUUGAAGAUAUUAUUCUUUUUACUCAUCCAAAA